UCAAAAUCAACAAAAGUGAGGUUAAGCGAACGUAACAAAAUAAAAAUUAUCAAAAUAUUUGUACCGAACGGAAAUACAAACUAAAAUGAUACCGAUUUACUCUAUUGCUUUGUUAAAAAUCGAUUUAUCGAAUCUCCCGGAGCAACAACAAACGUUCAGUUACAAAUAAAACGGUACAAGUUGGUCUGGUAUGAUCUUGGGUCGCGAUGAUGGACGCGAGAUCGGAAAAGUUGGAGCAUCAGCGGCAAAUUUUAGAGCAAAAAAUGAAGCAGAAACGUCUGGCGGCCGGUAUGGUGCAGGCCUCCGAUGCCCGGGGGGGCUCCGCCAACGGUAGCGGUAACGGCAGGAGGGAGUUGCACGGGUACGAUGGACCCUUGCAGUUCGCCAUGGGCAGGGACAAUAAUCCCGAUCAUAUUCUUGUGUUGUCGAGCAUAGACAGUUUAGACAAUACGAUGGUCCAGGACUUGACCACCAAUAACAUGUCGAGCAGCGAUCUGUUAGACAUCGAGGACGAGGAGUCCUCGCCAGUAUCGCCGAAUCAAAACGGCAACGUUAGCGGCGCCCCAAUAAAUCCCAUCGGAGAUUACGGGGACACGCUGAACGAUAACGAAGCGGUCGGACGGGAUCAACAACAAACGAAUUCCGCCAACGCGGAAAUCGAGGGCGAUCUUACCAAUGACGAUAUGGCCGCGUUCGUUUUGGAACCGGCGGCACCCAGGGUCCUGUUCCGUUGCCGUAUAGCGAGAGACAGACGCGGAGUGGAUCGCGGUCUCUUUCCCACUUACUUCCUUCAAUUGGAGAGACCGCGCGGUCGUCGCGCGCUCCUAUUGGCCGCGAGGAAGAGAAAAAAGAGCGCGACCAGCCAUUACGUCAUCAGCGCGGAUCCGACCGAUUUGUCGCGCCGCGGUACCGGUGCCGUCGGUAAACUGCGCAGCAACGCCAUCGGGACGCGGUUUCAAGCGUGGGCGGGAAAAAGCGCCGGUGGCGGCAAACUGGAAGAAGACACCCCGGACGGCCCCCCGAAAGAAGAACUGGCCUCGAUCACGUACGACGCGAACGUGUUCGGAUUUAAAGGGCCCCGUCGCAUGACCGUCUUAGUUCCGGCCCUGGCGGAGGGCCACAGGGCCGGUCCCGACGAGCCCCUCCUCGAGGCCUGGAAAUCGGGACGUACGGACCGACUCGUGUUGUUGCGCAACAAAACCCCCGUGUGGAACGACGACACGCAGUCAUACGUGUUAAAUUUUCACGGACGCGUCACCCAGGCUUCGGUCAAGAAUUUCCAAAUCGUCCACGACAGCGAUCCGGAUUACGUGGUGAUGCAGUUCGGACGAGUCGCGGACGACGCCUUCACGAUGGAUUAUCGGUAUCCGUUGUGCGCGUUGCAAGCGUUCGCGAUCGCUUUGAGUAGUUUCGAUGGUAAAUUGGCAUGCGAGUGAGUCUUGUGCGGUUAAUGGUUAAUGACAGGGGCUUUAAAACUUGAGGAGGUAAUUUAGAACAUUGAGUACCUUGAAUAAGCCUUGUUGCAAACCAUAGGCGAGGAGUAAAAUCAUUGUUCAUAGGAUACAGUGCGUAACUUGGAAUAAAUUCAGUAGUUCUUUAUUUUUUCAAAAAAAUCCUCGGAUCCAUCGAUUUAUUUGCAUUCUUUUUUAUUGAAAAUAAAGUUAUACAGUAAGGUAAUCGCUCCAGUGUUCGGAAACCUUAAGCCAAAUUUCAUUUUGAUUAUCUCAGUAUUUUAUUUAUUUAUCUAUCAUUACAGCAUCAACAGCCAAUUACAGAUACCGAAAUUACCUAUAACGAAUAAAUUCAAAAUAAUCAGAAGCACUAAGUAAGCAAUACAACAUCCUACAUACAUAGCUCUUUGAAAAUUAACUAAAUACCUACAGGAACACUAACGUUAUAAACUAUUUAAAUCCUGCCUCUGAGAAGCAUACAUUGCAUAGUAAAACUUUCUAAGCAUAUCAAAUCUAUGUCCAAGUCACUGGCAUGAAUAUUAAAAAAAUUGCCCAUUUUAUAUACUUAUUAAACACAAUAUCAUUUAAGUAUCCACCGCGAGACCUCUGACAAACUUCAAUCCUUUUAAGAAAAUUUUCGUCAUCACUUUUCGGCACAUUUCAGGUGUUAUCUCGGCUAGAACUUCACGAAUGUUGGCUUUAAGUGGUUGAAGAGUUUGAGGGUUAUUGGUGUAGACACGAUCUUCCGCAUAGCCCCACAAAAAUCAUCCAAAGGUGUAAGAUCACAGGAUCUUGAGGGCCAAUACAUAUCACCUAAUCUUGAAAUUAAGCGUCCUGGAAACUUCUCUUGCAAAACGUCCUGGAAACUUCUCUUCUCUUCUUUUCUUAUGUUUUUUUAAAUGGAACACUCUAUAUAUUUAUAGUUCAUAAAAUUGGGCUCUUUUCUACCUUUUCAAAAAUAUAUAACAGUAUGGACUUAUUUUCAAAAAUACGCAAAUAACUAAGAAUUUUCUAAAUUAAAUGCAUAAUUUAAUAAUAGUAGACUUUGUCUAGAUAAGGAAAGGUACAGCACGUGCAGUAAAUUUAUUUACGCCGCUGCCAAAGCCCCGAUUUGUAUAUAAACAGUGCCGUUGCGUUAAUUCUUAUAUUUGUGUUCUGUGCUCUAAAAUUAAAAUUAAAAAAAGGCGCGCUACUGUCGCUAAUCGCGCGUUAUUAGGGGACAAAACUUGGCGCAGCUUUAAAACAGAUGGUGGACCUUCCUUAGCUAGACAAACUCUAGGCCAUGAAUAACAGUAAUAGGCAAAUAAAAAGUUACAAAUUAAUAACGACGAAUGGGGAAUUGCAUCAUUCCUAUUUUUUUGUAACAAAGGAACAUAAAAAACAAAUAUAUACAUUUAAUAAACGCUAUAACAAAACAACAUUUUUACAAGAGAUGUUCAAAAUGACCACCAUCUUCUCUGAUACAAAACUGGCACAUUUUUCUAAUCCUUUGAAUAGCAUUUAAAAUAAUAAUUUGUCUCCUUCUCAGAUUUUGAAAUGGUAAAUGAAUUGCGUCUUGAAGUUCUAUGAGAUUAUUGCAUUGUCUUUUAUACACUUGACCUUGUAUAUACCCCCAUAAAAUGAGGCGACAAGUUGCAAAACCGGCCUUAUCCCACAAACUAGAUUUAGAGAUAAUCGACAAAAACUAUUUUACACAAAGUUACUAGCGGUACUUAAAAAAAUAUAAGUUCAUUGUGUGGAGUUAAAUAAUUUUGCAUCUAUUUUGUUCAGAAAUAAUCGUAUUUUUUUAAAAUUUUCAACAAAUAAACAAAACUGGAUAUGGCGAGCUUUGUUGCAGUAGGAUACAUAUUGCGGGUUUUGCUACAGCAAGAUGCGAAUAUAGCUGCUUUUGCUUCCGAAAUUUUAUAUUUGUGUUUUUUAAAUAAAAUUAAACAAACAGCAUUAAGCAAUGCUUUAAUAACAAAAAUAGUUUUCCCUGGCUACAUAUUGUUAUUAAUUAUGAAAAUAAUAAAAAUAAAAUGUUAUUUAGGUAAUAAACAAAAAUAAAACUAUCUAGGAAACGUAUAACAAAAAAAUCUAAAUUCUUAAAUCAGUUUCUCCUUCUUCAGCGAUUGCUGCUUCAUCAUUAUCAGAAUCUUUUUGAAAGUUUUCUGGGGCUGCCUGAAUUCCAUCUAGUAAUUCUCGGUAGUACACUAGGAUAUUCUGAUCUCGCCACUCUCGCCCAUCGUGCUUACGUAGAAGAUUCUACACAUCUUUGAUUUUUUCUUGCUUAACAGGAAUUUCAAUAGGUAAACGUUCCAGUUCCAUAUUUCUAUAAAACUGGCCUUUCUUUAGUAAACUUCUAUAGGUUGAAAGAUCAGACUUAUAAUUAACUUCCCCUUUAAUGCUUUUUUUCAGCGACAAUCUUUUACACUGGGCAAGUUUAAAGUGCCAGCUGGAAGUAUUUUUCAUGACACGGGAUGAUUCACUUUUCCAAUCACUCACAACACAUUCUCUGUCGCCUAGUUUUUGGAGCUUUCCUUGCUCUUCAAAUAACAAGUAAUAAUCUUCUGGUUUAACUACGACUUCUUUUCUACGAACUUCCUUUUCGAUUCUCGAUCCGGGGAUAGGUAAGAAUGCCCAACUAAAACUGGGAUGUUAGUUUUACUUCAGUGAUAGUAGGUGGUGCUUGCGUCUCUAACCAGUAUCCUAACAUGCAAAUAAUCGUGGAAUUCUUGUUUUGUCUAGGGCACCCAUCACAAAACAUUUCAACUACAUUAAUGCCGUCGCUGAAGGUAUAUGUCGUUAGGAGAUGAUUUAUCAUUGAAGUUCUCUCAUUGGAUCCCUUAGGCGUUUCAUUUUCCAACCAUGUAUAUAUCCGUACAGAAUUGCGUGUCUGUGUAGAUUUUGAGCCUCCAAUGCAAACGAUACAGUUGCCUAGAAUAAUACGCUGCUUGAUCUGGUAUUUCUGGUAAAAUCAUGUUCUUUUGGCAAUCAAAGGAGAAUUUUACUGUGUUUGGUAAUUCUUUUUCAAUCAUUUUGGUGAAGCACUGUGCUUUUAGCUUAUGCACUCUCAGUCUAACCAUAAGUAGAUUUUUUUGUACCUCCGGCAAUGACUUCAGACUGACAUUCAGAGCAAACAUCGGUGCUGGGGCUUUUAAAACCAAUAUUAUAGUCAGAAAUAAAAACCACUCGAAAGUAGUCAUACUUCACUGCAAGAUUUGGUUCAACAGAAGCACAGUAGUACAUCUUCCACAGCUUUCUGAUGCUUAGUUCUGAAGGAAGAUAUUUCCUAGUCGACUUAUGUCUGCCGUAGUGGGAUUCAACAGGCUGCAGUUUUUCAAUAAAAGCUGUAACGGACAUAUUUUUCUGGAUGUCUAUUUCCACCCCUUUUUUUCUACUGGACCGUAGCCUGUUUCCAGAUGUCUUUUGCAAAUUAACUGUACCCUAUCUUUUUUGAUACCUAAUAUCGACAAAAAUGAUUCUCUUACAAAAUAUCUGACUGUCAUUCCUUUUCUGGAACUUUCUACUUUUUCAGCUCUUGAUCGUUGUGGUUGUUCCUGAGUUGUAUAGCGCAGAAUAAACUCGUCUUGUUGCAUUUUCGUAAAAUUGCUCGUGGAAGCGCCGAAUAUCUUGCAUUCCUAAUUCAUUGCAUUUUAAGGCAUUUUGUUUCUUGUGUUUACAUGUUGGUUUGGUUGGUGUAAUGUUUUUGCAGCAUACCGAUUUUUCUUUGCUCGCUCACGUUUCCAGUUUUCUAUAUUACGUUUACGUUUUCUGCUAAUGAUGACUGUAGUUUCAUCCAUUACAAAUAUUAUGGACUGCUUCAAAAUAAUAAACUGAUAAUUCGACGCCGGGCGGUUUAGCUGCACGUGGCUGAAACAAAUCUGUUUGAAUUGGUUGGAAAUUCUUUGUUUUCAUGCAGUAAGUACAGAGUUGCCAAAAUUAUCAAAUCAUUUAUCGCACACGAUAAAUGAUGGGUAAGUUACCUAUGGUAUAAAGCGGGUAUUGCAACCGUAAUCACAGUGAAAGUAUAUAAAUGGAUAAGACGGAUUCUGCCGCAGUAAUCGAUUUUUACACUUAAUUUUAAAUAGGAGGGAGCGACUUUUGCUGCAUUUUGUGGCUCUAUUUAUAAAGAUUCUAAGGUCCACUAUUGAUAUAUUUACUAACACAAUUUAUUUCGAAAAAUGGACAAGGCGGGUUUUGCAACUUGACGCCUCAAAUUAUUUAUUUAUUUAUUAACGGUAUCCACCAAUUUUACAAAAAUAAAAUAAUACAAAAGAUACUAAUAUUAAUUCAACUUAAGCUUGAUAAUAGUAAGACAUAAAUCAAUGUUACCAAUUAAUUUAAAAAAAAAAAAAAAACAAUUUAUUUGUCAUUUUUUUGUUUCUUGUUAUAAAUAGCCAUAUGGCCUCCCAUUAAAUUAUGAAUUUGAUCAUUUAAAUUUAGAAAAAAGUAAUUCUUUUGCGUAUUUUUGAAAAGUAUGGACUUAUACUGUUAUAUAUUUUUAAAAAAGUAAAAAAAAAGUCAAUAUUAUGAACUAUAAAUACACAGGGUGUUCCAUUAAAGAAAACAUAAGUUUGGGUGAAAACUCAGAAACUAUUGAUCAAAAAAAAAAAAAACACUGGAUUCUACGGAAAAAAUCUAUAAGAAUGAAUUUUUACUUUUACAAAAACUCUAAAGAUAACGGAGAUACGACGGGGGUCCCAAAAUGCAAAAAUUUCAAAAAUGCCCUGUAUCUUAAAAAAUAAAAGGGCUAUGAAAAUUCUGUUUACAGCAUCUUUAGUUUUACGAAAAAGUAGCACAGUGUCGCGAAAACCGCAACUCUCUAUCUCUAAAAAUAACGGAGAUAUCCCGGAAAAGUACCCAAAAUGGGACACUCUGUACAUACUGGUAAAAUGUUAUUAGGCUAAUCAAUGUCGACUUGAAAAACCACGUUGAUUUUCCGAUAUACUAUAUUUUACUUCAUCAUAAUAUAGUCUAUUAAACAAUGGAAUUUCAAACACUUUAGAUACAGAGUUUAGUAUAGUAACUGGUCGAUAAUUUAUUACUUCAUUCCUGGCACCUGUUUUUAAUAUUGGAAUGACUUCAAUUAUACGCCAGGCUUUAGGAUAGGUUGAAGUUUCUAAACAAAGGUUAAAAAUAUGCAAAAAAGCCUUUACUACUAAGAAAUCAACACAACCCUUAAUAUUAUAUCCAGGAACACCAUCAGGUGCAACAGAUCUGUUUCCUUUCAAUUUCUUAAUGGCAUUCCUAAACAUUUAGCUUUUAAACUUUAUAUUAACGAUAUUAUAAUAAAUGAAUGUUUUUCAAAUUCUGUAAGUUAAAUUUGAAAUAAUUAUUAAUAAAUAUAAAAAGUACAUUUCGACCCAGUAAUCGUCACCCACUAACUAGACCAAGUCUCAGUAUUCGUCAUUAUAUUGAAUGAGUUUUCGGCACUGUACCUAUAGCGAAGAAAAAUCGAUGUGUUUUACCUAAAAUACACAUUUAUUUUUUAGGUUAAACACGUUGUACAGUAAAACUUCCUCAAGUCUUAAGCCGCCAUAAUCAUAUUGUAUGCUAAAUAUUGUUAAGGUUUGAUUUAACGAUGACUAUAUUCAAUUGUUGCUCUAUAAUACAGGGUGAUAUAAGCGGGCUUGUAUAAGCAGUCUUACAGGUUCAAGAUUGUUGUAUUGACCAGUAUUUUAGAUUAAGUGUUUGUUUCGCAUAUAUUACCAUAAAUUGAUCUGAACCGAAUUUGUUGUGUGUAUAAAUAAUGUUUAAGUUCGGUUGGGUUUUGAUGACGUGGCCGUUUUAAAAGACGAACCUUGCCAUAUAUAUAUAUACGAUUAUCGUUGUGCCUUUUAGUUGAUCGUCACAAUUAACGAUUCCUAUUUAUUCGAAUCUAAUGUUUAACUGGAAAUAUAUUUUAUAAUAAAAAAAUAGAUUUUUGUAUCUUAAUCGGGAAUUUUAGGAUUUUUUAUGGAGGUUUUAUCGAAAUUUUGGGGGCACAUUUCUUUAAAAAAAAAAAAUGGGUCUAUUGCAGAGGAAAAGUUGCAUGUUUUUUAACUUUCCCUGUAUGAUUCAAGAAUCACAAAAAAAAAUAGUUAUACCAUAAAUGUUGCGUUUUUUGUUCUAAUGGAACACCCUAUUUUUUUAUUGCAUUUUUGAGUUCUAUGGUCAAUUUUAAGUGUGCCCUAAUUACGUUAGUCUAUCUUUAACGGUUUUUAAGAUAUCGACGCUCAAAAGUGUGACUCUAACUUAAAAACGAGUAUAAAUAAACUUAUAGUACCCCUAAUUAAAAAUACUUGAACUUACCAUAGAAUCAAAUAAUGUUAAAUAAAAAAAUAGGGUGUUCUAUUAACCCUAACCUAAAGAAAUACGAACAUGCCGUUUUUCCUACUAAAUGAAACACCCUGUAAAUUUUUUUAAAUUAAUUUUUAAGGAGGUGAUAAACCAUCUAAAACAGGCCCUAACCUUCAAUAAUAAGGAUUUUCCUUUGACCUGAUUGUCUCAACAUAGAGGGUCUUAAUUUUAUUUUUUAUAGAAAUGUGCUACACUUUUAACAAACUAACCUUGUGAUUGUGAUCAUUAUCAUUCCGGAUUUUAAUAAACCAGGUUUGAAAUAAACCAGCUCUUAACUUAAUCAAAUGAACUAAUUCGUGCCUUCUUUGUCGACUAUCGUUUGGUUUUAUAAAUGUACAUUUAGCUAGUAUUAAGUAAAUUCUUCUUAUAUAGUGCGGUCUUUUUUCAUCCCCUUAUUAAUUUAUUGAAUGUACACACAUCAAAAUGGUCUAAGGGACAAAAAUAUUAAAAGACACAUACAGGUAAUUAAAUUUGAAUUCAUUUUGGAAACAUUUUGGUGAAUACAAAAGGCACCUACUAAGGCUACAAAUAAUUUCAAUUAAAAUAUAAGCGACAAUCACCACAGUCCCAUAGAGUUACAAGAGACCCUAUAAAAGACACAUACAAGAUUCAAAGACUAAUACAAACAAUACGAUAGUAUAGUCAUGAGUUAUUAUAACCAACGAAAUUUACUUACAAUUUUAUUCAUACUCCUUAAAGCAUUAUGUACUUUGAACUUGACAGGUAUAAGCAAAUGCUCCUUUUUAUUUAUAUGCAUCAAUGAUUAUCUUGUACGCACAAUUAAAGCAAAUUCUUACUACGUUACUCCGAUAGCAAAUAUUGUACCGAACACAUCUGAAUCAGUCUUUAUUAAGUUUACAAAUACGCCUUGAAGAAUUUGAACUAUUUAUGGAAUAUCAUCAAGGAAUGUGCAUCAAAUAUUAAACACUAUCCUUUUUUUUGUCCCCUAGACCAUUUUACUGAUUGCCUUAGCACAGAAACUGUGUUAAAGAAAACGCAUAUAUUUCAGUGGAUUUCAACUAUGCUAAAAGGGUGUAGAAUUUUUUAUGAUCGUACAUUGUCUCCCAUUUUUUCACUUACAAGUUUUCGCACUCCAAUUACGUCAUACCUGUUCCUCGUUUUGCUCAUUUUUGUAUGUUAUUAGUACGUGUGCAUCCUAUAGAAAAUAAUUUGUUAAUACACAUAAAUUGAUAUUAGGAAUUUAAAAAUUCGACGCAAGUUGGAUUUUAAAGAUUAUUUUUAUUGAUUGUGCGUUACGUCCUUGUGAACUUAUUGAUAUUUGUAUUAUAUUAGUCAAUAAAGUGGAAAAUAAACAUUCUUACCGAAAUGGA